CUUCCGAAAGCUCGCGUUUUGGUAGAGGAAGCGAUCGAAAGCCGCGAAGUUGGCUUUUGUUGCCUCCAUUUAGACCGCGGAGUGGAAAGGAAGUUUGCGGUGGGGGAGGUUUAAGGCUUUGUCUCGGGAUGGCGGGAGGUGGAGGUGGCGGCGACUCGAGAGAGCUCGACCAGACCGCGACGUGGGCUGUCGCGGCUGUUUGCGCGGUCAUCGUUUUGAUCUCCAUACUGCUGGAGAAGGGUCUUCAUCACUUCGGAGAGUGGCUUAAUGAGAAGCACAAAAAGGCUCUUUAUGAAGCUCUUGAGAAGGUUAAAGAUGAGUUGAUGAUUCUUGGCUUCAUUUCCCUACUACUGACUUUUGGACAGAGUUACAUUGCUAAAAUCUGCAUACCGGAUACAUUGUCAAAUACCAUGUUGCCAUGCCCAAUCAAAACAGAUACUGGGACAGCAGGGGCAGGUGGAGGACACCGUAGGAAACUGUUAACAAAUGCGCUUAUAUAUGGGAAUAUACAGCAUAGGAUACUAGCUGCAGGAUCAAUUGUUUCAUGUCCCUUAGGCAAGGGGCCACUUAUUUCAAUGAAUGGACUACAUCAGUUGCACAUCUUCAUAUUCUUUCUGGCAGUGUUUCACGUAGCAAGUGGUGCUCUCACAAUGACUCUUGGAAGAGCAAAGAUGCGUAGAUGGAAGGAGUGGGAAACUGAGACUUCAUCCAUUGAAUAUGAGUUCUCCAAUGAUCCCUCAAGAUUCAGAUUUGCACAUGAGACAUCAUUCGUGAGAAGACACACAAAUUUCUGGAACAGAAUCACAAUCCUGUUCUACUUUGUAAGCUUUUUAAAGCAAUUUUUCAGCUCUGUUUGUAAAGCAGAUUACUUGGCAUUGCGCCAUGGUUUUAUCAAUGCUCACCUGGCUCCAGGAAGUAAGUUUAAUUUUCAAAAAUAUAUAAAAAGAACAUUGGAGGAUGACUUUAAGGCAGUAGUGGGGAUCAGUCCCGUAUUAUGGGCUUCAGCUGUGAUGGUUUUGCUUCUUAAUGUUAAUGGAUGGGAGGAAUUGUUUUGGGCAUCAAUACUUCCUCUAGUUAUAAUUCUAGCAAUUGGGAUGAAGCUACAGGCAAUAAUAGCAAGGAUGGCCAUUGAAAUUCAAGAGAGACAUGUAGUGGUUCAAGGAAUUCCGCUGGUGCAACUCAGUGACCAACAUUUUUGGUUUAAAAAUCCACAGUUUGCUUUAUUUCUCAUCCAUUUUGCAUUAUUCCAGAACGCAUUUCAGAUCACAUACUUCUUUUGGAUAUGGUAUGAGUUUGGAUUGAAGUCCUGUUUUCAUGAUAAUUUUGAUUUCAUCAUUGCAAGAGUUAGUGUUGGAGUUGGAGUCCAAUUCUUGUGUUCGUACAUUACACUUCCGCUUUAUGCACUUGUAUCUCAGAUGGGUUCACACAUGAAGAGGUCCAUCUUUGAUGAGCAGACUUCGAAGGCUCUCAAGAAGUGGCAUCAAGCUGUGAAGAAAAAACAUGAGAAAGGAACCUCACAUGCUUCCUCGGUCCAUGAAACAAGCCCCAGGGCAAGCUCGCCGGCAUCUCCUCUGCGUCCUCUGCAGAGGUAUAGAACUAUUGGGCAUACAAGAGAAUUAUCCAACUCUUCAACAGGAAAUGCUUUGGAUCAUUACAAUUCGGAUACAGAAAUUGAGAUGUUAUCCUCAUCAAAAAACAACAACCAAGAGUCUAGACCAACCGAACGUCACCUACGCAUAGGAGAGCACCGAAACAACGAAGAUCAAUUCUCGUUCGAAAAGCUUUCUGCUCAGAAUGGAGGACAACCACAAUCUUGACAUUUCUCGUCUCAUGUCGCUUGAAUCAAUUACCGUAACAUUUGUUAUUAUCGUUUUCAUAAAAUUUGACAUCGUGCUUCCUGGAAAGGGAUGUCUAUUAGUUUGGAGGGUCUUCCUUAGCUAGCAGGGAAUU